AUGAGAAUCAGCAUUUUAAAAUUUGUUUUUUUUUCAAUUAUUAUUUGUUCUUUUGAAUAUGCCAAAAAUGAAUUAUACUUUGUAAACGAGAGAAGUAUAUGUCUUGAAAGGAAUAUAACAAAAUUUAGAAAUAAUAGGAUAUUAGCAGAUGUAGACAAUCAAUUCGAUUUAAAUGAUUUUUAUCAAUCAACUUUGAGUCUUGUAGAUCAAUUUAAUGACUGCAAUGAUGACGAAGAAAUAACAAACCUUCGAAAUAUUAUAGAUUCACAAAUAAAGAAGCAUAAAGAAAGUAAUACACUACCCGAUUUAAAUAAUGUAGAUAAAAAAACGAAAAAGUUAAUUCAUGGACUUCACAAAGAAAUAGAAGAAUUUAAAAAAGAGCUUGAUAAUAAAGGGGAUAAUGAAUUAGCAAUACAGCCAAUACAUGAUAAAAUAAUAAUAAAAAAAGAUGAAAAUAGUUCUGUAUCAGAACAUGAAGACUUUAAACAAUUGGAAAGUUUUGAAAAAAAAUUGAGGACUCAAAAAAAAAAAUUUAAACUUGAAUAUUAUAGAAUUAAAUUAAGUAAAAAGUAUAUGGAAUUAAAAAUUAAUAACAAAUUGAAGAAAAAAGAAGAAAAAUUACUUAAGGGUUUGAUUGUGUUCUCUAUUAUAACUGUGUUGUCUAUGAUAGCAUUAGGAACAAUGAAAUUACUAUUAAUACUUGCACCGGCGGUUUUUUUACUAUUUAAGAGCUGGCGGAAAGUCAGGGAAUAUCGCUUUAAAUUAUGA